AUGGAAACACAGCCACCAGAGAUGCAGCAGGCUUCAAUGCAUAUCUCGGCUGGGACCAUUAUUGUCUACAAGAAUCAAGAAACUGAGUCAAACUGCACCGACUCAUGUGCUGUCUGCCUGGAAGAGUUCAAGGAUGGGGAUCGUUGUAGGGUUCUUUCCAAGUGCAACCAUCAAUUCCAUCAACUUUAUAUAGAUCUGUGGCUGGUUAAGGCCAUGUAUUGCCCACUUCGUCGUGGUUCUAUCCACGAUUUGGAACCAACCACUCCGAUUAACGCACAUGGAAAGCAUGUUGCUGCGAGGUUUAUUGAAGAUUUUCUUUUGGCAGUAGGUUUAUUGAAGAUGAACGGCAAUAGUCUCACGGCGUUAUCUUGGAACCGAAAUCCGUGGCGUGGCGUCUCAAAUCUCAGUUGUUAUUUAUACUUUCCCUUUCUCUAG